CAUUUAACCACGCCAGUUUGUAAAGCAGCCCCAAGACAGUGAACCUUUGGAGUUUGAUAUGAUGUGAUUACAGAAUCACCCCAGUGACACGUUGCCAAAUUCAGCAGAAUGAGGGUCUAAGUCUUCCGGGUGGUGAUCUCUGAAAUUGCUCAGUGAGCACCCCUAAUUUUGCUGAUUUAUUGCUGAUAAUCACUCACAAUGGAAACCAAUCAAAAAUGCGGGGAUGGACUGACUGGCAUGCAGAAAGAGACUGCGCUGCGUGAUCUGAUCCAGCGCACAGGAUAUCAAAUACACCAGGAAAAUGGCCAGAGGAGGUAUGGUGGUCCACCUCCUGGCUGGGAAGGCCCACCUCCAGAGAGAGGUAGUGAGAUUUUUGUGGGAAAGCUUCCUCGAGACCUCUUUGAGGAUGAACUGGUGCCGCUCUGCGAAAAAUUUGGCAAAAUUUAUGAGGUACGGAUGAUGAUGGACUUCAAUGGCAACAAUAGAGGCUAUGCAUUUGUUACCUUCUCCACAAAACAAGAGGCUAAGAAUGCCAUGAAACAGCUCAACAACUAUGAAAUCCGGAAUGGAAGACUUCUUGGUGUGUGUGCAAGUGUAGACAACUGUCGUCUGUUUGUGGGCGGUAUUCCAAAGACCAAAAAGAGAGAAGAGAUCCUGGUGGAGAUGAAGAAGGUGACGGAUGGUGUCAUGGAUGUCAUAGUUUAUCCAAGUGCUGCUGACAAGACCAAGAACCGAGGGUUUGCUUUUGUCGAGUAUGAGAGCCAUAGAGCUGCUGCCAUGGCCAGGAGAAAACUUCUGCCAGGGAGAAUUCAGCUGUGGGGUCAUCCUAUUGCAGUAGACUGGGCUGAACCUGAAGUAGAGGUGGACGAGGACACCAUGGCCACAGUGAAGAUCCUCUAUGUUCGCAAUCUGAUGUUGCCCACCACAGAGGAGACCAUAGAGAAAGAGUUUAACAGCAUCAAACCUGGUGCUGUCGAAAGGGUGAAGAAAAUCCGAGAUUAUGCUUUUGUUCAUUUCUCUCAAAGAGAGGAUGCCAUCAAUGCCAUGAACGCACUGAAUGGAAAAGUCAUUGAUGGCUCUCCCAUUGAGGUCACACUAGCCAAGCCUGUGGAUAAGGACAGUUAUGUUCGGUACACCCGAGGCACAGGGGGUCGUGGCGGGACUGUGCUCCAAGAAAACUAUGCUUACACCGUAGGCCAGAUGUACGACCCUUCAGCAGCCUACCUAGGAGCACCAAUAUUCUACGCCCCCCACGCUUACGCAGCCAUCCCUAAUCAGUUCCGCUUCCCCAGUACCAAAGGGCACAUAAGUACCAGGGGACUGGUGCACUCUCCCUCUGUGAGAGAAAUUUACAUGAAUGUACCUGUAGGGGCAGCGGGCGUACGUGGUUUGGGCGGGCGAGGAUAUCUCGCCUAUGCAGGCAUGGGUCGUGGCUGUGCCACGUACCAACUCAAGACAGACAAACGCCCCGAUGACAAACUCUAUGACCUUCUUCCUGGCAUGGAGCUCACGCCCAUGAACCCAGUCACUCUGAAGCCCCAAGGCAUCAAACACGCCCCACAGAUCUUGGAGGAUAUUUGCCAAAAGAAUAACUGGGGACAACCGGUUUACCAGCUUCACUCUGCUAUAGGACCAGAUCAGAGGCAACUGUUCCUUUACAAAGUCACCAUCCCUGCUCUGGCUACUCAAUAUCCAAAUAUACAUCCGUUUACCCCCGCCAAGCUCUGUGCAUCAAUGGAUGAGGCGAAGCUCCACGCGGCCGAACACACGCUGCAGAUCCUCGGUGUUCAGACAGAGGGCGCUGACGCUUCCGCUGCUGCGGCCGUCGCUGCUGCAUUCCCAGGUUAUGCAAUUGCCAGCACCACUGCUACCCAGCUGAAACAGGCUGUUUCUCUGGGUCAGGACCUCACUGCCUAUGCAACCUACGAGGGUUAUCCUGCCUUUGCUGUGGCAACCCGUGGGGAUGCAUAUGGAGUCUUUUAAAAGCUUUAACUAACAGUCUCUGUAAUGUCAAUGUUCAUCUGUUCCAUGUAUUCUGUCAUGUCUAUAGAUUAGUAGUGAUGGUAUAUAUAGAGUUGUGAUAACGUUAUUUCUUCCCAGGUAUUUUGAGCAUUUUUGCGACAUUGAAGAAUAUGAGUCAUCUUUUGACUUAACUCAGGAAGAGGGUCGUCUGAAGGCUGCCAACAACUCAAUCCCAAACGUUUCUAAAAAUGUCACAUUCUAUGUUUUAUUGCUGUUUUUAAGGCUUAAAUUCCCUCGAUUUGAACAUUACUUGUGUCAUAAAUUGUGGUCAUCCAGAAUGUUCACCCUUUUAUAUUUAUAUAUAUAUAUAUAUAUAUAUAUAUAUAUAUAUAUAUAUAUAUAUAUAUAUAUAUAUAUCGAAAUUCAGGCUGGACCAUUGUUCAAUGCUGCCUGCUGCCUUUGAACGAUUUCCUUUAACAAUGAAUCAUUACAAUUGGAUGUAAUUUCGAAGCACAUAUGCCUAGUAAUAUUCCAUUGUGCUAAGUUUCAUCCAGACAUUUACUUUAGUAAGCUUUGGUAUUGUAUUUAAAGUGGUUUGUUUUUGUGUUGGUUUUCUUUCAGUAUUCAUGUUAACACCUAAGUACAGAGAGUUUCAACAGAUGAAACCCAUUCAUACUCUUUUGUAUGUAUCUGCAUGUUUUAGGAUCAUUUUAGAUAUGGUUGACACUUUGUAUCUGGUUCGUUUAUUAGUAGUUUUGCUAUAUUUUAUGAGAUAGUUGCAGGCUUGAUACUAUUUUCCCACUUGAUACAUUUUCUAAGUGGAGAAUGGAAGAGCAUUGUUUAAAAACACAUGGACACAUUUUUGUUAAAUAUGGAGAUGCCUUAAAGGUGACAGUAUUAAAGUUUGUGUAGCACUUAGAACUUAUUUUUAUACCUGACUUCGAACUCUGUUUGGAGGAACUUUGUUAUUCGAUCAUAGAGUUUUUGAGAUUAUUUAUUGCCUAAGUGAUCGGCAUCAGAUCUGGAGGGAGAAUUGGAAGGGCAUCAUCAGGACAAUAAAAAAAGCUGAGAUCUUCAUAGUGCUACAAAGAAAGAGAAUUGUGAAAAUAUAAUUCUAAUAAAUCAACUAACCAUUAAUAAAUCAAAUUUACUUCUUGACAA